AAAAUGAUUAGUUUGCUAGAUUAAUCCAUAUACCUUGAACAAUAUCAUUCAAAUCAUAAACUCAAAUCUAAAAAUUACUUUCAUAAACAAUCUAAAUUUCCUGACAUAGACAAUGCUAACAAGUUUAAUCUAUCAAGAGGUUUUUUAAAUUCCAGCAUUAAAUACAAUACUAUAUAAGAAAGAAAGUAGUCUCUUGAUUGUAACUCUACAUUUCAAGGAUUUAAAAUUAGAGUCCUUAAACCAUAGGACAGGUUUGAUACUCAAAAAGAAGAAAAAUAAAUAACAAUCACUAAAAGUGUAUAACUUAAAAGAAGAAAUUAAAAAAAAGAAGAAAAUUCUGAUUACAAUCAAGAUGAUUUACUAUUACCAAGAAUUUAUUCACCUAUUGCUACUCCAAGAAUGAAGGAAUCAAUUUACAAGCCUUUUUUGAGUAAACCAGAUAUUAUUGAUCAUCAUAUUAUUACAAUAAAGUCAUAAUACUAAAUUUAUGAUUAAUUAACAAAAGGUGUUGCUUUAAAAUGUUUACAUUUAUCUUAAAGAUAAGAAACAAAUGAUAAAAUACUUUUAAUCAACUUUGAUAGUAUUAUAUGAUAUUAAUUUACAGAUUUAAUUUUGGGAAAAAGGAAGUCCUUUUGGGAAUAAUCAAAUGAAAUCAAAUUAUGUUCUAAGCUAUUUGGUUAAUAAUGUGAUAGUUCAUUUUGUUCCUGUGCCUUACAAAAAGAUUUAAAACCAACACUACAAUAGUAAAUAUUAUAUUUAUAAAAAAUAGAUUAUCAAAGUAAUUUUAUAUCAUCUUUAUUUUUGAAUGUGCAACAAGAGGUUCUACAUGGUAAUAAUAUUUAAAUGAUUGUGGUUAUGCUAUUGAUGCAAUCUAUUAUAUUCCUAACUCAAAAUUAACAGGAGCAGGUGGUAUUAAAAUAAAAUCAAUUAUUUCUAAUUUUGGAAAAGCUCAAAUUAAAUAACUUAUUUAUUUUGGAUCCAUUGAUGCAGAUCUAAAUUCAGAUAAUUUACCAAUUGAACAAUUUUUCUAUUAAAUUCCUAUCGUUUAUUAAUAAGUCUCUGUUCAAAUUUAUUUUAUGCAUUUAUAAAGAUCAAAAUUUAUUGAUUCUAAAUUACUCUAUGAAAUUUGUAUGCUUCAUUUCUAUUAGAAGGAUUCAUUCAAUUAUAAGAAAUAAUUAAAUGUUAUUAAAUUAGAAUUAUAGCCAAUAAUUUCUAAAAUGAUUAAAAUUGAAGAAGAGGAUGAAAUUACUAAUUCUAUAUUUAAAAAUCUGUAAAUUUAUUUUUAUUUAUUCAUAGUAAUUUAUAUCACUCAUCAAAAAACAUUUUAGAAGAAGAAGAAGAUAAAAAUAGUUUAUUAUUGUGGUUGUAUCAAACAAAGAAAUUACUUAUAGAUUAUUUUAAAAGUAUUAAUAGUGAAGAAUAAAAUUAAAAUCCAAUUACUUUAAUUGGAGACUUUUUAAGAAGAAACACUUCAAUUGAGAUGAAUUUCCUUACAAAAGAUUAUCUAAAAUAAGCUUAACGAUUCAAUAUGUAUAAUGAAUUAAAAGCUUCAACUACUGCAUAAGCUACUUUUCGAAAAUAGUGUAUAAUGGAAUGCUUUAUUAUUUAAGAUUGA